UCCCACUCCACAAGCACAAGAAACUCGUGGCGCGAGCGCCGGCCAGCAUCGAGAGAUCGACCAUGUCAGCGUCGCCGGAGUUCUACAAGCCAGCGCCGGUGUUCUCACCGACGCCGUGCAGCUCGCCGCUGCUCCUGCACGGGGCCGCUGCCCCCGGAGCGGGCGUAGGUCAAGAAGGGGCGAGCGCCGCGUUGGAGGAGCAGUGCUGCCGGACGCCGACUGGCGUGGGGAGCGAGCUGAAGCAGGUGGCGGCGACGUGCCCGCCGGCGCCGAGGAAGCCGCGGGCGCCGGUCGCGCCGUGCCGGAAGCGGCUGUUCGAGGUGGAGGUGUUCAGCCUGCGGCUGGAUGAGCUGGAGCGCCUCUUCUGGCGCCCGCACGCGCCGCAGCCGCAACCGGCGCCGCAGCCCGAGAAGAAGGUCAAGCGCCGCAGGGUGGCGCCGCCGCUCGCCUCGCCGGAGCCCUCGGCGAGAGCUAGCUAG